CCUUCACAGGCUUCAACUUCAAGUUCAGCCUUGGCCCUGGGGCACUCAGCGGCUUCAUUUGUAGCCUGUAGCCUGUAGGUGAUUGAAUCAGAACAGAGAGCGCGCUAAGGUCCUCCUGAGCUCAGUGCUCCCGAGUUCUGGCUUCUUUGCCAACUUGCGAUUUGGUAGGGACCGUUUUCCUGUGAAGAAGGGCUUCUACUACUGUCUACUAUGGGCUUGGGCAAGCGCAGAUUGACAUCCUAGUAGAGCUUUUGGUCGCUGCAAAGGGUUCUCUGCUCAGGGCAGGACUAAGCAGGUCUGGAGCCGAAGCUGCCGCUGUAGGUCUCAAAAGCUCCAGUUAUAGUGCUUUUGUCAGAGCAAUUGAGCGCUCCAAGCUACUCCAGGAAGAGCGAGGUAUUCAAAGGCAGGGGGAGCAUAAGAGGGGAGGGUCAUGGUAGGUCCUCUUGAGACAGGUCCAGCACAUCAGAACAAUUUAUGUUUGGACUUCCCGGGUUCUGUUGGUUCUACAGGGAGGCCAGUAGAUGCAGUCAAAACUAGAAGCUACAACAGCAGUCAGUCCCCCUUGGAAAGCUGUAGUAACGGUGCUGUCUCGCAGGCCCCAAGGAUGGACAGGUACAAGAGCCAAGGCAAGCGAAGACUUGGCCAAGUCGCUGCUCCCUACGAAGAGAGCAGUCCUCUUCAUGGUUUACAGACGUUCAGCUAUGGAUUUGGGGCCUGUGACAAGGGAAGGACACUCGAUGCAACGCAGCACUCUGAUGACAGCAUUUACAGACCAGAUAGCAGCUAUCGUGCAACCUCUGGUGCUGAAGCACCAAGCAGCGGCUUGGCCAACAUUGAUUCUUUUGGAGUAGCGACAGCCCCGUAUGUACCUAUACACCAAACCUUCAAGUCAUGCUUAGAGGAUGGCGCCUACCGGAUACCCCUACAACAUUGGGGCGCCAGCCAGGCUGCCCCACCCCCAUUCCUGCUGAGCGAUCUGUGGGCAUCAUUGGAAGAAGCCAGCGCGUACGGUGCGGGCGUACCAAUUGUAAUAAACGGGGAUGAGGACGUCGUUCAGUACUAUGUACCAUAUUUAUCGGCAAUAGAGCUCUGGAGAUAUCCGGAUCGACGAAAAGAGUUGAAUGUGCAGACUCCAGACGGGAGCGACAGCGAUAUACGUGAGGCCAGCAGCGAUGGGGCAGACAGUGACAGUGAUCAGUCGGAAUCAGCAGCAGUCCUCUUAGAGCUGGAUAGGGAAAGCUUCCGAGGGGCCAUAGGGGGGGGAGCAGGCAGCACGAGGAGCAGCCAUGAUGCGCUGUCCGUGUGUUCAGGAUCAGCAGGGUCCAUGUACCUGGAAGAAGAGAGCCCGAGGCACCAUUCCAGUCGAGGGCCCUGGGGAAGCCAGAACGUGUGCCCUGACAGACAACAGGGGAACAGAUUGUUUGAGUACGCUGAGAAUGCGCCCCCAUUCCUUAGGGUGCCGCUUGCAGACAAGGUGGCGGAGCUGGCAAAGAAGUCCCCAUGUCUCAUGAGCAUGAGCAGCCAGGACCUCCAUCCUUCGAGUUGGGUCUCCAUCGCAUGGUACCCAAUCUACCGAAUACCUAUGGGCAAGACCCUCCGAGAUCUUGGAGCGUGCUUUUUGACGUAUCACUCUUUGGCAACACCGCGCCUGGGGACGCCUCCAAGCGACUGCUCGUGUAUACCUGCUGCCAGCCAGGGCAUCGCAAGCUGCCAAGCGUGGCCCCCUGCUCCUCCCGUCCUGACACCUGCAGCGGCAGAUGCGCGUGAGGAAAGGGAGGAGAUGCUGCAGGCCCAAUCCAGCUCCGGAGGACAGCAACACGUUCUGCUGCCGUUUGGGAUGGUGGCCUAUAAAAUGAAAGGAGCGGUCUGGUCCAGCGGGCGCGGCGGGAAGUUGGCAACCAGCAUGAACGAGGAGGUGAUGCGAGAAGCAGCCAGGUCUUGGCUGGACAAGCGCAACAUACAUCAUCCGGAUUUCGAGUUCUUCCUCAAGCAGCUGAGCACGCCCCUAAACACUUUACCACAUUCGAGGAGAUGACGUUGUCAGAGUUCGUAAGAAGGUACUUGCAGCAAGGCCUGCUGCAAGCCUCUGCGAGGGGAUGUUUGUGGGCUCGAGCAUGGGUACUUCCAUGUAAUUAUGCUCUCUCAGAUAGGUCCGUAUGGCAAGCACUUUCGUGCUCCAGAUUUCAUAAUGGGUGGCAGUUUUGCUAAAGAGUGAGGUAGCUUUGAUCCUGAAAAGUUGAUCCUGGCACAGACAAUAUAACCAGCGGACAAAAGACUCUGUAUAGUGCAAAGCACAUAAGUUGUGCUGCCUCAGAGCUUGUGCAUACAUCGUGCACAUAAGCAGUU